AUGAGUCAAUCAUCACCAUCAAAACCAGCAACACCUAUAACAUCAUCUAUAUUGGUACCAACCACAACAAAGAUGAUCACAUCGGCAUCGGUUGGUAACUUGUAUAUAUUGGAUCAUCAUCAUCAGCAACAACAGCAACACCAGAGAUCUGCAUCACCGUCACCGUCAUCAUCUACCUCUUCGUUGGCACAUACGAUGGUUAUCUUUUUCAAGGUGAGAGGCAAGAUGAAAUACUCCAACUUUAUAGGCUCAUCACUUGAAGACCUCAACGAUGUAUUCAUCAACCUCUUUCCAGAGUUUUCUAAAGAGUCUCUUAGACCCUUUACCAUCAAACAUCGUGAAACAAAGAUUGUCUAUGAAUUGGAUGAUAUUCAAGACUUGUAUCCUGGUUGUAUAUUAGAAAUGAGAAAGAAUUCAAGUGAUGCUAUAAAUGAAGGUAAAAGAAGAAACUAUGUUUAUACAGGAUUUGAAUCAGACAAGAUUGUAAUUGUAAUGGUUGGAUUACCAGCAAGUGGAAAGACAUUUAUCGCAAGAAAGAUUAGAAAUCUAUUAAAUAUCAUGGGUAUAUCGGCAAAGGUGUUUACUGUCGGAGAGUAUCGUAGAAAUCGUGUUGGUGCUGGUCAACCUGCUGAAUUCUUUGAUCCUGGUAAUCUUGAUGGAGCACGAGUAAGAUUACAUAUGGCAGUAGCGGCAAUUGAUGAUAUGAUGCAAUGGUUAAAUUCAGGUUCACAAGUUGGUAUAUUUGAUGCAACCAAUUUAACCAAUGAAAGACGUCAACUCAUCCUUACAAGAUGUACAAGAGAAGGUAUUAGUAAAGUUAUUUUUGUUGAAUCAAUAUUUAAUGAUAGUUCAAAACUGGAAGCUAAUAUGAUUGAAAAUUGGAAAUCUUCUCCAGAUUAUUCACAUCAAAGUCAAGAAGAAGCAGUUAAAUCAUUUAGAGAAAGAAUAAGUUAUUAUGACAAGGAAUACAAUGAGAUUGAUAACGAUGAUUUACAAUACAUUAAAUUGUUUGAUGUUGGUAAAAAGAUUAUAGCUAAUCGUAUUACUGGAUACUUGCCAAGUCGUAUCAUGUACCUAUUGAUGAACCUUCAUUUGCACUCGCGUCCCAUUUGGUUGUGUCGUGCCGGUGCCUCUGAAUGGGAGGUUCUCAGAAAAAAGGGUGGUGACCCGGAUCUCAACCACGACGGUGAGCUCUUUUCGCAUACUCUUGCCAGUUGGGUGACAGAGCAUGCCAAGAACCAAGAGAUUACCGUUUGGACAAGUACGUUUAAACGUGCUAUUCGUACUGCCCAAUACAUCUCUUAUCCAAAGGUACAUGUCCGCGGACUCGACGAUAUCGAACGCGGAGAAUGGGAGGGUUUGACACGCGAAGAAAUCCUACGUAAAACACCCGAAGAAUUUGGUGCUCAUCUCAACGAUAAAUUAAGUUAUCGUAUUCCUCGUGGUGAAUGUUAUCUUGAUGUUAUUCAAAGAUUAGAAUCUGUAUUUUUAGAAUUAGAAAGAACACGAAAUGCAUCAUUGAUAGUUAGUCAUCCUGCACCUCUUAGAUGUUUAUAUGGGUAUAUUACAGGUGAAUCCAUAGAGAAUAUCCCAUAUAUCGACAUCCCAUUACACACUGUCAUUUCACUAAGACCAACUGCCUAUGGUUGCGAAAUCAAAAAAUAUCCUCUUAACCAAGACAAGAAAGACAUUGCUCGUUUGUCGCUUUGGAUUGACGACAAACGUCGUUUCACUUUCAUCCUCUAUCGGGAUCAAGAUUUUUAUCAGAAGUUCAGCAAAGAGACAACCUCUUACUCUAGAUCAGAUUCAACAAUAGGAAACCUCAUCAUCACCAUAACACCAUCAUCAUCAUCAUCCACUAACUAG